ACCAACCAGAUGUCGAUCGAAAAAGCACAGGCUUCUGUCACCGAGGAAAAUAUCCCCCCAGAGGGAGGUCUCCGAGGAUGGAUGUGUGUUGUGGGAGCAACACUAGCCCUUUUCUCUACACUCGGCUUUUUGAACGCCAUCGGCGUCUUUCAAACGAUCUAUCAAGAAACGACACUCAAGGAAUACUCCUCAUCAGAAAUAUCAUGGAUAUUUGCCGUCCAAUUGUGCCUCAUGUGGGCUCUUGGUCCACUCUACGGUCGUGUCAUCGACACUUAUGGCGCAACCCCGGUACUAAUUCCAUGCAGUACACUCUGCGUCUUCGCUCUCUGUAUGACGAGUCUUGCAGACAAGUACUACCAAAUAUUCCUCUCACAAGGCCUUGCUUUCGGCAUCGGUGCCGGGGGCGUAUUCUGCACCUCGUUCGUCUGUGUCGGGCAAUGGUUUGUCAAAAGGCGGGGACUAGCGAUCGGCAUUGCGAGUUGCGGCUCCAGUAUAGGUGGAGUUUUAUUUCCCAUCUUUCUGGAUAGAAUGGUGAAGAAUGUUGGAUUUUAUGGGGCUGUUCGAUAUACGGCUUUGUUCGUUGGGGUCAUCCUGGCUGCGUCUUGCUUCCUGGUUCGCGCACGAUUGCCUCGAAAGAGUUGGAAUCGCGAGACACCGUGGCUUGAUGUGACUCUGUUCAAGCAAAAGCAAUUUGCAGUGUACACUUUGGGGUCAUUUUUUGUCAUGUGGGGGCUUUGGGGUCCAUUUGAUUUCAUUUCGACUAUGGCCCAAGCGCGGGGCUUCUCCCCCACGCUAUCUCUUUACCUGAUCUCUAUUAUCAAUGCCACCUCUAUACCCGGCCGAGUGCUCCCACCGUACCUCGCCGACAAAAUCGGACAUUUCAACGUAUUGAGCAUCUGCGCCAUACUGACAGGAGGCUCAAUGCUUGUACUCUGGCUUCCAUUUAACUAUCACCCGUCACAUGCCGGCAUUAUUAUCUUUGGGCUCGUCUAUGGAUUCGUCAGUGGGGCGGUAGUGAGUUUGCUAAUGCCGUGCGUCGCCAAGUCUGGCAGUCUUGAUACACUGGGCCAGCGAUUCGGGACAUAUCAAAUGGUGAUUUCUAUCAGCUGCCUCACAGGUCUGCCGAUCAUGGGUAGUAUUCUGUCCCGACAAGGCAAUGACAACUUCGCUGGUCUGCAGAUUUUUGCUUCCGUGGCAGCAUUGUUGGGGGGUUGUCUCAUUGCAUUGUCCACCUAUUUAUUGGGCUCUAGCCGUGGCACCCGAAGAGUCUGA